AUGGAAAAAGAAGAUGUUGCUGAAUUCUAUCGGAAGCGUCAAAAUCAAAAGGAAAGGGAAAAGUUAAUCAACGCUUGUCGUAUUGGAUCGAAAAUUGCUCAAUCACAAAAUUUCGGAAAGAGAAAAAGAGAGGAUUACAAUUAUAAUCAUGUUUUUAAAAAUUUAGAAUAUUACAAGAAUUUAUUUGAUAUUGAGUUGAGUGAUUUUCAAACAGUAAAGGAUUUAUUCGUGUGCUUGGCAAGAUAUUUCAAUGACAAAUUCACAGAGAAAGCAAUUGAGAUUGAAAUUGGUAAAGUUUGGGCGAAAUUACUAGAUCCAAAUAUUAUAGAUUACUGCAAAAAUAGUAUCUCACAGCAAGCAGUUCACGAAUUGCAAGUAGAUGUUAUUCAAAAUAUUUGGUAUUUAUUUUUAAACCCAAUCAAUGGCAAAGUAAUUCCAAAUAUUCUGGAAGCCUCUUCUAUUGAUCAUUUGUUUCUAUUCUUUAAUGAUACUAAUGAUAUAUGUUGUUCUACUUUAUUGCAGAUAGCAAGGUAUCACCCAGAACUCGUUGAUAGAAGAAAGAUAGUUGCUGAAGCAACUCAAUUAAUAGAAAGAGGGAAUAAUGAAGAUACAAUUGAUUUAUAUUUUGAUG